AUGGCCAAUGUUGUGACAGGCACAACAGAAGAAGAAGUAUCUGAUUUUGCAUCUAAGCUCUUCGGUGCCAUCCUGCUGACUGUCAACCUCAUCUUGCCUCCUGGGAUCAUAGCAUUCGGCCUGCUCGGCAACCUGUUGGCUUUCUUUGUCCUCCGCCAGCCGCAAUACGCCCAGCAGACGACCUGUUUCUACAUGAGGAUGUUGUCCCUUUUUGACAACUCGUGCCUGCUCACGCACGUGCUGCUGCGCACGAUCAUCAACUACCAUGGUGACGCCAUGUUUUGGAGGACCGCUGGGCCAAUCAUGUGUCCCGCUAUCACUAUCGCAUUUAGCUCUUACGGCCUCUCAAAUUGGACCAUUGCCGCCAUGACCCUAGACAGAUUCCUUGCCGUAAGAUUCCCACUAAAGGCUGCAUCCCUCUGUACCCUGAGGCGCUGCAGAAUCACCACCAUUUCUAUUUUCAUCUUCUGCGCGUGCAUCUCGGUUCCGUUUGGAUUCCGUGGCGUCAAUCCGUCAGCAAUCGUCCUCAAAGACGUCUGCCAGUUUAAUCCAGAUAUUUUCCCGCCAAAUUUCCAAAGUAAAUUCCUACAGGCACAUAAAUUCUGUAUUUUUUCCGCUCCGUUUGUAAUAGUAUUGGUACUAAAUGUUCUCAUUAUAAUAUCGCUGAAACUCCGGCAUUCGAAGACAAUUCGCGCAACCAAGGACGCGUCGCGGAAAGACGGUCAUGUGACCGUCCUGUUGCUACUGGUGACAGCUGUGUUUCUCGUGACUAAUAUUCCCGUUACCGUGGAUACCUGGAUCUGGGGACACGUCCUGUCCAAUUUGAACAUGACCCCAAGAAUCAGUAUAAUCAGGAAAGUCGCCUAUGAGUGUUUGACGUUCGUCCUCUUCUUUAGCCCCGCUGUCAAUUUUUACACCUACUGUUUGGGAUGUAAGAAGUUCCGUCACGAUGUUCUAUUGAUGAUCCGUAAAUGUCUUCGAAUCGGUCAUUGA